ACCUUCAAGACUGCAUGGAUAAUAUAUAUGAAUUAUUUAGUGAAGAAUUGGCUGAUGCUAAGCAUGAAUUAAAUACAGCUGAUUUUGAAAAUUUUUGCAAAUUAUUAUAUGAUGUUAGCUCUUCAAAAGAACAAUCUAUAACAGAGAGUUUAUAUAUUGAAAGUUUAAAAUUAGACUUAUAUAAUAGAUAUACAGCAACAUUUGGAUU